AUGGCUGACGUCGAAUUCAAACUACCAGCGCUGCCAGAAAAACCAGAAGAAGAGCCGAAAAGUGAUGAACAGCCAAAAGAUGAGACGCCGUUACAAUUGUCGAUUCGCGAGCCGUUGUUGAGCUAUGAUCCACCAGUCUGGGCGUGCAGACCUCCCGAGGAUGCACUCUAUAAAUUAGAAAUAAUAAAAAGUGGAACGAUUGUCGAAACGAUUAACAUGGCAAAUCGUAAGCAUGAUUCGUUUUUCGUUAUUGGAAGAUUGCCAUCAUGUGAUUUGACACUAGAACACCCAUCACUUUCACGACAUCACUGUAUACUUCAAUAUGGUGUUGAUACGAUGAAUCGAACUGGAAAAGCAUGGCAUUUAUACGAUAUGGAAUCUACUCAUGGAACAAAAGCAAAUCGUCAGAAGAUGCCACCAAAGCAGUACAUUCGAAUGCAUAUUGGAUGGGUGCUAUCGUUUGGAUUAAGUACUCGAAGUAUGACCCUGAUUGGCCCGGAUGAAGAGAAGCAAAAGGAAUGGGACGUUUCGCCGACCGAAAUGAUUGAACUAAUGAAGCGCAAGGAACUUGAAAGAAAGUUGGCAGCAAAAGCAAAAGAAGAAUUCGACAGUCGAAAGAAGGAAGAAGAGAAAGAUGAGGGAAUCGACUGGGGAAUGGGCUUCGACUUUGAGACGGGAGAAUCGGGAUUGGUACAUUUGGAUGGCAAUGAUGCACAUUUGAUGGAGGACCAUGAAGGCUAUUAUCGAGACGAUCCGAAGAAAGCUCUCGCCAAAUUUUUUGAUCGAGAAGGUUUUGAUAUGGAAUUUGUCUUUUCGGAGAGUGGUAUUAAUUCACACAACCAUAAAUGGAUAUGCUCAAUUGAAGCAGUACACGCGUCGGCGACUGUUGCUACCUCUAAAAAAGAUGCACAAUUUCAGUGUUCGUUAGAAGCUUGUCGGAUCUUGGAUGGUCAUGGAGUCUUAAGAAAGUCAACAGCUCGCUCAAAAUUAAAAAAGAAGACACUUGAAGAUGAGGACUUUUAUGAAGAAGAUGACGAUGAAUAUUUGGAUCGAACGGGUCAAGUUGACAUUCAGCGAGAACGGCGCAAGAAUCGGGCUCAGGGUAUCAAAGAUGGAACAUCUAAAACGCACACCUACGAAUCCAUUCUUUCCGAUCUGGAAGAGGCUAAAAAGGAGAUUGAAGAGCUAAACGCAAAAUAUGAACGUCUGAAUGCUUCGGCAAAUGUCGUAUUUGAUGAGGAGAAUGCGCAAAUUAAGGAAACUUCUUCAAAACACGAGGAUAUUGCUACUAAAACGGAGAAGUCAAAGGUUCGACAGCGUAUCACUGAAUUAACACACCAAGUACAACGCUUGGAACAACUCGCAAAGAUUGCUAAGCCUAUACCCCUGCCUGCAAUGACCAUGAAACUCCCUACAGCUACCGCAUCAACGUCAGACAAACAAGCGUUCUUCAGAAAGUUGAGACAAUUGGGAAAGCAAAAAAAAGCAGAUGAGCCAAAUGAUGCGGGAAAUGCUUCUGAACUACAAAUGCCUCAAGUCUCUUCCAAGUUUGUUGCCGAAAUUGAGGAAGACGAUGAUAAUGGAAAUGUCAGCGAAAAGCCAAAAGAAGAAUCUGAUUCAAACAAUACAAAGGAUGCAUCAGUGACUCUCAAGCCAGUAGCCUCACCUUUGAAUGUGAAAAAGCCUGAAUCAAAAGCAUCAGUAGAACAGCCUCAAUCAAGAAUAGUGACACAGGAGGAGAAGAAACGAGAACCAAUCGCGCUCAAAGGACCCAUACUCGUUGAGGAACCAGAAAUCACUGUCCUACAACAACCAGAAACACCAGAUGAAGAUGAAUAUUCGGCGCAUAAGAAAAGACCUAGGAAUCAGAAACCAAGAAAACGCAAGAUCGAGGACUCUGGUGACUAUGGAGAAGGACUGGAGAAUAAGGAGGAGCAGUAUGCUACGUGGAUUCCACCGACCGAUCAAUCGGGUGAUGGUUCAACACAAUUAAAUGCGAGAUUCCAAGGACGCUAC